AUGGAUAGAGUGUUUAAGGCGUUGUCCAAAGUAAAAGCCAUCACUCUAGAAUCGAUAGACAUAAAAGAAGUAGGACAUGAUCUCACCCAUUCUUGCAAAUUCUAUAUAGGGGUUGUUGGACAUUCCAUUCAAAAUUGUGACUACUUUCAUCGUAAGUUGCAAGAGUUGAUGGAUUUGUCAGAAAUCGAGUUUUAUGAAGAAGGUGAGGAUGAAGAAUUUGGGAAAAAGAUAAUUCCCUUAUUGUAUGAAACUUUUCGAUCCGCGGGGUGCAUUCAUACCAAGGUGUCGGACGAGGUUAAUCAAGUUCCACUGAUGUUUGGUGAGCUAUCAAUCCAUAUGAUCAAAGAUGAAGAACCUAACGAGAAGAUCCCUGUGGUGUAUCCAGUACUGUCAGGAGAUGAGUUAAGCAAUUGGACAGCCAUGGAAUUGCCCAUCAUCUUUAAGUCUUUGGAAAUGUCUUUAAAUAAUGAACACGAAGACAAUCUAGACAAUAAUUUGAAUAUCGAUUUUGAGAUGAUUCCGAACGUUGAUACAUUGAAAAAUGAAGAGGAGGCGGAGGACUAUGGCUUACCCCCUGAUUUGUCGAGAAUGUUGGAACAGGAGGAAAAGAAGAUUUUACCUCAUCAAGAACUCGCAGAAAUCAUUAACCUCAGAAAUGGGAAAGAAAAGAAAAAGGUUAAGAGUGGCACCUUGCUGUCAUCUAAUGAACGGAAUUUGAACAGAGUGAGUCAGAAGGAUAGCUUCCCUUUGCCACAUAUUGAUACUCUUGUGGAUAACACAGCAAAGCAUGCGUUAUUCUCAUUUAUGGAUGGUGCCACCUACCAAAGGGCAAUGGUAGCUUUGUUUCACGAUAUGAUGCAUAAAGAGAUAGAGGUAUAUGUGGAUGACAUGAUUGCAAAAUCUCAUACAAAAAGGGAUCAUACUGUCAAUCUCAAGAAGCUGUUCAAGAGAUUGCGAAAAUUUCAGCUCAAGUUGAAUCUUGCAAAAUGCACUUUUGGUGUAACUUCUGAAAAAUUGUUGAGGUUCAUAGUAAGUGAAAAAGAAAUUGAAGUAGACCCGGAUAAGAUACGAGCUAUUCAAGAGCUGUCACCUCCCAAAUCGCAAAAAGAAGUGAGAGGAUUUUUAGGGAGGUUGAAUUACAUUGCUCGAUUUAUAUCCCAACUCACCUGCAAAUGUGAUCUAAUCUUCAAGCUGCUUCUAAAACGAGACCCAGGAGAGUGGAAUGAAGAAUGUCAAAUAGUCUUUUAUAAAAUCAAAGAAUAUCUCACAAAUCCAUUGGUGUUGGUGCCACUAACGAUUGAAAAACCUCUUAUUUUGUAUUUGACUGUGAACAAGAAUUCUAUGGGAUGUGUAUUGGGACAACAUGAUGAAACUGGGAAUAAAGAACAGGCUGUAUAUUACUUGAGCAAGAAAUUCACGAAGUAUGAGUCCAAUUACUCUGCGGUCGAAAAGAUGUGUUAUAAAGAUUUGAUGGCCGUCUUGCACAUAGAAAAAGACAGUCCCAAUGAACUUAAUCCAUGGAAGAUAUAUUUUGAUGGAGCAUCCAAUGCUUUGGGGCACAAAAUUGGGGUAGUGUUGAUUUCUCCAAAUGGACAGUACUAUCCAGCCACGGCGAGAUUGAAUUUCAAUUGUACUAAUAAUAUAGCGGAGUAUGAGGCGUUGGUAAUGGGAUUACAAGCAGCAAUCGAGAUGAAGGCUGACAUGAUAGAUGUUUACGGAGAUUCGGCUUUGGUGAUAUGUCAAAUGAGAGGUGAAUGGGAAACUAGAGAUUCUAAACUAGUUCCAUAUAAAAAGCUGGUUACAGAAUUAAGCAAACAGUUCAAAGAAAUCAGCUUAAACCAUUUGCCUCGAGAAGAGAAUCAGAUUGCUAAUGCUUUGGCCACUAUCUCAGUAAUGUUCAGAAUAAAAGAAGCGGCUGAUGUACGCCCUUUUGAUUUAGAAGUCCGUGAAGUCUCCGCACACUGCUUAAAUGUUGAGGAAGAGGUUGAUGAUAAGCCGUGGUAUCAUGAUAUCAUGCAAUACAUCAAGCACCAAGCAUAUCCUGAGAAUGUCACGGACAAUGACAAGCGAACUCUUAGAAGAUUAGUAAUGGGUUUCUUCCUUAGCGGAGAAGUGUUCUACAAAAGGAAUCGAGAUCAAGUACUUUUGAGAUGUGUGGAUGUUUCGAAAGCCAACAAAAUAAUGAAAGAAGUCCACAAAGGAACUUGUGGAGCUCAUGCUAAUGGAUAUAUGUUUGCUAGAAAAAUUAUGAGAGCUAGUUGUUAUUGGUUGACAUUAGAAUCAAACUACGUAAACUUUGCUCGAAAAUGCCACAAGUGUCAAAUUCAUGCAGAUAGAAUCCAUGCUCUACCAGCCCCAUUGCACCUUUUCACAACGCCUUGGCCAUUUUCAAUGUGGGGAAUGGAUGUGAUUGGGCUUAUUACGCCAAAAGCCUCUAAUGGACAUCGAUUCAUAUUGGUGGCCAUUGAUUAUUUCACGAAAUGGGUAGAAGCAGCUUUCUAUGCCAAUGUGACACAAAAGGUGGUGUGUAGGUUCAUCCAAAGGGAGAUCAUAUGUCGAUAUGGGCUUCCAGAAAGGAUCAUUACUGAUAACGCAAGCAAUUUGAAUGGUGCGAUGGUGAAGAAAGUUUGCGCUAAAUUCAAGAUCAAGCAUCAAAACUUCACAACUUACCGUCCGAAGAUGAACGGAGCGGUAACUUCGUACUCAUUAGUAUAUCGUACAGAAGCAGUUCUACCUGUUGAAGUAGAAAUCCCAUCAUUGAGGGUGUUGAUGGAAACAGAAUUGGAAGAUGAUGAGUGGGUUUGCUCCUGCUAUGAGCAAUUGAAUCUAAUUGAGGAGAAAAGGCUUGCGGCUCUUUGUCAUGGCCAAAUGUACCAACGAAUGAUGAUGCGACCAUACGAGAAAAAAGUUUGUCCCAGGCAGUUCCGAGAAUGA